UCUCUCUUCACAACUCGAAAUUUCACUGCACUUGGUGACCUCCAACACUCUAUCUCUGGCAUCUUCUAGUAAGUAAAGGCAAUUCCCCUCGUGUUAAGAUGGCGUGUGAAGCAAGCCCUGUCUCUACACUGUAUUCUACGUCCACGACAUACAUACCUACGACCAUCACCACAUCUACGCCUGUUAUCGUCACACCCUCCCCCUCAACGAGUCUGUGGUUGACCUCAAGCUGUACUACAUCUACCAGCAGGCAGCGCGAUAGUGGCUUUGAAAAUCUGCUGGUUAAGGCCACUGGGAUUGGCGGGAGCUCCAUACAAAGUCCGCAAAGGGCAAGUGAGGCUGAUUUUGUUACUACAACGUCAAGGACAGCCAAGCGAGACAUUGCCUCGAAUAUAGUUGAAGAGACAGGUGCAGAAGUCGAGGACAUAGCGGUAGAGUCAGGGCAGGCAGAAAAUUCGAGUUCCGAAGUCGGAAGAAUUUCAGCCAGCAAAACCAGCCAAGAACCCGGUCAGACAUCAUCCCUAUAUUCAGGAGAAGCUAAAGUCGGGAUUGUACAGCUUGGGACUAGGACAUCUACUACUCUCACAUAUGCCUUUAUUUCGACAAAGCAGAGCCCCGGGACUUCCCCUUCAUUACCAACUUCAGCUGCUAGCGACACUAUCACUGCUUGGGAAUGGAGCCAGGGAAGAAACGUGCGCGAGAGAUCUCAGAAUAUUGACAGAGUUACUAUAACCUCUUCUCUUCCGAACGAACGCCGACAAUGGUGGAGUCAUUCGUCUAGCGAAUAUGGCAAUGGCAGUGACGACGAUGAUGAAUGGGAUGACACGAGUAACGAUAUGUCCUGCAAUGCCAUCACAUCGAGCACCACCUUGUUUUACGCCCCCAUUACCUCUUGGUCAACAAUGUACUUGACAAGUAGUGUUGCUUCAGAAGUGGUAAUGCCAACGCAAACAAUUUGGGCAAAUUGCGAGCCUGGUAUCACACAAAUGUGGACUACUACCUCUACAGAUUUGUCUCAGCCAACAGCCCAAGCCGAUCAGGAGGUAUCCCAGCAAGCGACUUCAAUGAGUACACCGGAAUAUAGCGACUCAACGACAGCCGGAGGAGAUGGCGCUUGGAUAGUGGCUUCCUCAAGUGGUAGCGUAUUUUCAUCACCCAUAAUUACCUCGUCUGCCGGGCAUAUGGCAUCAUUCAUUACAACAACGUUUCCAUCAUUGUCUGUAUUUACUGCAGCAAACCCUCCUCAAACAAAUUCUAAAACUGCCAUUCCAACUUACAUCACUACAGUCCCUGUAACCACGACAGCGACGAGCGAAGUCGUACCUUCACAUACCACAUCGAGCACAAACACGCAUGACGCCACUGCUGCGGCCGAUAAUACUAGUUCAUCAUCUACAAUCUCCUCUACACCGUCGUCAGCAUCAUCGCAUCACAGCAAAGCUGUCUCUGUCGGAGCCGCGAUCGGCGGUGUAUUUGGUCUUUUUGCCCUUCUUGCAUUAUCUCUCUUAAUUAUACGAUGGUGGAAAAGGCGCCAGCGAAUCCAACGGACUAACGAGCUUCGUUCAAGUUGGUUUUACGGCGGGGAUGUCCCUGAACCAGACAUGGGGAUCCACGAUGAAAAGGAUCGAGGCGAAUAUCCUUUCAAUAACGUCGGUCUACAGUCGAGAUUCUCUGCACCCUCGCUUCUCUCAAGACAGUCUCUAGCUAUUUCUACGUUCUUGACCAGACCUAUCUCUCAUGUGCGCCAAGGAUCCGGAAGAUUUCCGCCAAUCUUUCCCUUCAAACACCUCCGAAACUCUUUCUUCUCGAGAAGCGAAAGAUCACAUAAGCAACAAGGCAACAGGGCAUGGGCUGAUAAGUAUACCAAUCGGCCUCAAUCUUCUCUUGGCGGAGAGUUUUUGAAGAGAAAAAUUAGCCCGCCUAGAGCAUUCAUGAUGGACCCUCCUAUAGAUGCUAAUACAGACGACCAGGCAGGCUGGGAAGAGGGAGGACCUUAUCCAAGGGUUACCCCUUCUCUUCCAGUAGCAGCUCAAGCGUCCUCGAGGAUAGAGUUAUGUGAGGCUAUUCCUGUUACAUGGGGAAGCUCAUACGCCGCAACCCCGCCUCUUCGCGCCCAAUCUCAGUCCGCCAGCCUUGACUGGCGAUCGGACAAGAGUCAGCCGAAACUCAAUGUUGUUGCGCCCAGCGAGACCUCACAUUCCGUCUACUCCCAUGGAUCUACUUAUAUAGCAACUGGGCUUAGCAGAGGCAACACAAUGAAGUCUACGCAGUCGGAGGGCGAAAGCAUGCAUACUGGAGAAGGUGUGGUUAAUCCGGCUGCAUCCAACUUCCCUAUGCCCCCUCUGAGCUUCCCUAUGUCACAUGCGUUAUCACAUGACCCUUAUGCUCCCCUUCAUCUACCAGAAAUCCCGUCUAUCUCCUUCUCGCCCAACUUUUCCCAUCGUAAUCUACAUGAUUCAGCCCUUACGACCCGUUCUACUGCUCAAUCAUCUGGAACAUGGGAGUACGCCGCAUACGCUGAUCCAGGUGGUGCUAGUCCGGUGAUAGUUUUCCCAAAGGGUCUCGAUAACGCGCGAGUAACGAGAGAUUGGUAUGAGAAGCCUCUCUGGGAUGGAAAGAGUAUGGCCGACCCAACAAGUAUAUAUGGCGUUGCAAUCGUCAAGGGAGAGGUGCGUAGAGAUGAAAGAAAUAGGAAGAGUAUGAAAAGCGUCAGGUGGAAGGACGAAGGGCUAGAUAAUGAACCUCGGGCACUAUAGCAAAAUCAUAAACCUGAUACCCUAGAGGCUGUCCUUGAAGGGCAUUUUCAAUAUAUAUGGACUCUAAUACAAUCUUGCAUAGUAAAAACAUUGAUAAACAUAAUUAAACAAUAAAAAGUGG